AUGUCCAGACAUAGAGUUUACUUUUCAUUUAAAAAAGCAUGUUUUUGCGUUUGUAAUACAUUCCUUGAUGUUGAAAUAAUAAGAAUAUUUGAAGCUCAUAACUCCUACAUUACAAAACAGCUACAUUCCUUCACAACCAAAUCCUUAAACAACACACGGAAAGCCGACAUUGAUAUACUAUUUUUCAAUCGUUGCGCCAAAGUGGGCAGCGAGGCUAUGACUUCAAUGUUGGAUAAUCUGGGGGUGAGAAAUCAAUUCGUACUUGAGCAUCUUGGUCUGAAUAAGCCGGGUAAACGUUACCUACCCCCCAAAGAGCAAGAAAGGCUAGCGGAUUUUAUAUUUCGUUUGGGUGCCAACAGCGCUUAUAUAGAACAUGUCAAUUGGAUUGACUUUCACGAUUACGGUCUACCAAAACCGAUAUACAUGAACUUAGUACGCGAUCCAGUCGAGCGGGUGAUCAGUUGGUUUUUCUAUGCCCGUAACUCCUAUAAGAAUGCACAUAUGUUUCGUAAAAAUCCAAAUGCACUACUGUUUCCGGCCACUUGGUAUAAAAAGGACUUCAAUGAAUGCGUGCGCAGCGGUGAUCCGGAAUGUCAAUAUGUUCCCUUUACAUAUAUUGAUUAUAUAGGCAAUUUCAAGCGACAGUCGUUGUUCUUUUGUGGUCAUAAUUUGGACUGUUUACCCUUCGAUUCUCCCUACGCCAUACAAUUGGCUAAAGAGCACGUGGAAAGAGAGUAUGCGGUCGUUGGCUCUUGGGAAGACGCGAAUAUCACAUUAACGGUUUUAGAAAAUUAUAUACCAAAAUUCUUUCGCGGCGCUUUAAGUGCAUAUUACGCGAAUAAGGCGCAGAUUACUAAUCGAAAUCGCAACAAUCGUAAACCACACAUUGAUAAGGAUGUGAAGGAAAUGAUACGCAAGAACUUCACAAACGAAUAUGAUUUUUAUUACUUUUGUAAACAGCGACUUUAUAAACAGUAUAUAGCGCUUAAGCUUGAGGAGCAAGCGAAAAUUAAUUUAAGUACUUAAUUAAUUUUAGUAUUG